AUGGAAAAUUUAAAGGAUUCCCUUAGUGUCCAACUGUUUGUAGGAGAAACUGAUGAUCGUCCCUGGGAUUACAAUAUAUUUGUGGUGGAUUCAUUGUUAAAGUUUUCAAUUCCCUAUUCUGCCCAUGAACGUGAUUAUUACUUCUUUAUUUUAUUAACAUGGAGUUCUGAAUAUCUUCUGGAUUAUAAUUUAUUAGAAAUUUUUAAAAUUUGUUUAAAAUUCAACGUGAAAAACGUCGCUGUUAUGGUGAAAUCUCGUUUGUAUAAUUAUUUUAGUUUCUAUUCGUAUGAGUUGUAUAGUCCAGAUAUGUGUGCUGAAGAUAUAAUGUUGCAAGAAGUUAAUCGUUAUGAAAAUGGUCAACUUAAAUUUGAUUUAUUAUUUCCGAUAAUUGCGAGUAAUUUGUUUGGUUGUCCCGUUAAGAUUUCUGCUGAACUUAUACAGCCAUUUAUAACAUUUGAUGGAGAUUUAAAGAAUGAAACUCAUUUGAUGGACAUGAAACGUUUGGGUGGAAUAGAGGGUGAAAUUUUGAAACUGAUUGCAGAGGCAUUAAAUUUUAAAAUUCAUAUGCGUUUUAGUCGAAACUUCAGUGUGAUUGGAUUACGUUAUAAUUCCACUGGCUGUUUUAGUGAUUUGGAGUGUAGACGUUCUAAAAUAGCCAUUGGUGGUUUGAGUUCAACAUUGGAAUAUCAUCACCUAUUAACCAAAUCAAUUGUUUAUCACACAACUCCCUAUAAGUUUGUGGUUCGUAACGAUAUAUAUUUUGGACCCAUAAAACAAUUAAUAAAUCCCUUGGACGGACCCACGUGGUUUAUUAUAUUAAUAUUCUUCAGUGUAUCCACGUUUCUCAUUCAAAUAAUUAUUCGUUAUAAGAUGACACAGUUGCGUGAUUUUAUAUUUGGUAUCAAAAAUAAGAGUCCAACUUUUUAUUUGUUUAUAACUUUUCUGGGUUAUGGAAUGCCAAAUCAAAUAAUGCCGACACGAAAUUUUGCCCGAUUUAUACUUAUGUCAUGGCUAUUAUUGGCACUUGAGAUACGAACUGGUUAUUUGGGUAAAAUGUUUGAUAGUUUAAGACUAGGAAAACGCAUGCCAGUACCUGAAACUAUAGCGGAACUUACUGCCCGGGACUAUACAUUAUUGAAUCCCAUAUAUACGAGUUUCUAUCCCAUGAAUAAAACUAUCAUAUGGCUAGAUAGAUUUUCAACACUGCAGCAAAUACAAACAAGUGAAAUGCGCUUAACAGGGGCUGUUAUUUUGGACUAUUGGGCCUAUUAUAAAUUUCAAAAUCGUAGUAUUACCACUUUGAUACCUGUUGCAGAGACCAUACACUCAUAUCAAUGUGUCAUGUAUUUCAAUAAACAUUCAUUGUUGCAGAAUAGUUUCGAUAAAAAAUUAAAAUUAUUUACUGAUUCGGGAAUAACUGCACAUAUUGCCAAGAGACACGUUCAUUCAAAUUUUAAAUCUAUGAUGAAUACUCAGUCGCAGGAUUUUGCAUUCAAAACGGAAGAGUUGCAAAGAAUCAAAAAUUACGUUAAAAUACUGUAUAAUAAUGGUGAUGGUUCUUAA